UCUUCAGUCUCUUUCUAAUAAAUACCUCUCCACGUCUGACCACCCUCUUUUCUAGUUCUCUUCUUCUCACUUCUUUUAUUCACUGUAUAUAGUCAUUCCAUUCUUCUCUCGUUUCAUUUCAUUUUUCUCUGUCAACAGAAAUCAAAUGAACAACCAUAUCUGGGUUCUGUUCUUUCUUUCUUUGCUGUCAUUUCAAGCCCCUGAAUUCUGUGUUUCUCUUUCGCCUGAUGGACUCACUCUCCUUUCGCUUAAAUCAGCCAUUGAUCAACCACCAGACGCCUCUGUGUUCUCCGACUGGAACGAGAACGACCCCACGCCCUGUCACUGGUCCGGCAUUUCCUGCAUUAACAUUUCCGGCUUCCCCGACCCUCGUGUCGUCGGCAUCGCUAUUUCCGGGCAAAAUCUACAUGGCUAUAUUCCCUCCGAGCUCGGUUCUUUAGCCUAUCUCCGUAGACUCAACCUUCACAACAACAACUUGUACGGGUCAAUCCCUGUUCAGUUGUUUAACGCCACUGCACUUCAAAGUCUUUUUCUCUACGGUAAUAAUCUCUCCGGUUCUCUCCCGCCUUCAAUCUGCGACCUCCCUAGACUCCAAAACCUCGAUCUCUCUAACAAUUCUUUAACUGGCUCUCUUCCUGAUGAUUUAAAGAAUUGCAAACAUUUACAAAGGCUUAUACUUGCUCAAAACAAAUUGUCCGGGAAGCUUCCAGGAGGGAUUUGGUCAGUGUUAGAAAAUUUAGUACAGCUUGAUCUCUCCGCAAAUGAUUUUCAAGGUCCCAUACCCAAUGAUCUUGGUGGGUUACAGUCUUUAUCAGGUACUCUUAAUUUAUCUUUCAACCAUUUAUCCGGUGAAAUCCCGAAAUCGCUUGGGAAUUUACCGGUCACCGUCAGUUUUGAUCUUAGAAACAAUAAUUUAAGCGGUGAAAUACCUCAAACGGGGUCUUUUGCUAACCAAGGACCUACUGCUUUUCUUAACAAUCCUCAAUUAUGCGGGUUUCCUCUUCAGAAAACUUGCAAAGACUCUUCAGAUAGCCAACAGGAAUCCCAAAAUUCGGCUCCGGAUUCCGAUAAGAAUAAAAGAAAAGGCUUGAGUCCCGGUUUGAUUAUAUUAAUAUCAGUGGCUGAUGCUGCUGGUGUUGCAAUUAUUGGUGUAGUGAUAGUUUGCAUUUACUGGAGAAAGAAAGAUUCAAAUGGUGGAUGUAGCUGUACUGGAAAACGCAAACUCGGAGGAAAUGAAAAGGGUAAGCUCCGUUCUUGUCUUUGCAUUAACGGUUUCAGAAACGAAGAUUCAGAAUUUGAGGAUCAAGAUAAAUCAGAGAAAACGAAAUGUGAAGGAGAGCUGGUGGCAGUUGAUAAAGGGUUUUCGAUUGAACUUGAUGAGUUGCUGAAAGCUUCGGCUUAUGUACUGGGAAAAAGCGGCUUGGGGAUUGUGUACAAGGUUGUUCUCGGAAAUGGCGUGCCAGUGGCUGUGAGGAGACUUGGUGAAGGAGGAGGACAGAGAUACAAAGAGUUCGUCACUGAAGUUCAGGCCAUUGCUAAAGUAAAACAUCCUAAUAUUGUCAAAUUGAGAGCUUAUUAUUGGGCACCAGAUGAAAAGCUUCUAAUCUGUGAUUUCAUUUCCAAUGGCAACUUAGCCAAUGCUCUUCGAGGGAGAAGUGGGCAGCCAUCUUCAAGCGGUCUAUCAUGGUCAACAAGGCUUAGAGUUGUAAAGGGAACAGCUCGGGGUUUGGCCUAUCUUCAUGAAUGCAGUCCAAGAAAAUUUGUCCAUGGAGAUAUCAAACCAUCAAACAUUCUGCUUGACAAUGACUUCCAGCCUCACAUUUCUGAUUUUGGACUCAACAGACUCGUACACAUCACGGCGAAUAGCCCUUCUUGCUCUGGUGGAUUUAUGGGCGGCGCUCUCCCUUACAUGAAGUCUGUCCAAACAGAAACUGCCAACAAUUACAAAGCUCCGGAGGCUCGAGUUCCCGGAAACCGACCCACACAGAAAUGGGACGUCUUUUCGUUCGGCGUUGUUCUGCUGGAAUUACUUACCGGAAAGUCUCCUCAACUUUCAGCCACCACAUCGACGUCCAUCGAAGUUCCAGACCUGGUGAAGUGGAUCCGAAAAGGCUUUGAAGAAGAGAAUCCAUUAUCAGAUAUGGUGGAUCCGAUUUUGCUGCAAGAAGUCCAUGCUAAAAAGGAAGUGCUGGCAGUUUUUCAUGUGGCGCUCGCCUGCACGGAGGUAGACCCGGAUGUCCGGCCUAGGAUGAAAAAUCUGUCAGAAAAUCUUGACAGGAUUGGCUCAUAAAACAGAUUUUGGAGCCGAAAUUUCUUUAUUUUGCAAGCGGCAAUUCAUUUUUCCAACAUUUUUCUUUUUUUUAUAGCUUUCUUGGAACAUAUAUUUGAUUUAUUUUUCAACUGUGGCAAUUGGCAAAAAUUUGUAGGUAGAUAAUUUGUAAUAUAAAUUUCUAUUCUAGUUUCCCAAGACAUGAUAUUUCUAUAUUUUUCAAAUCAA